GCCGACAAAUGACUGGCAUCUGCCAUGACCCGUGGAUGUAACCCUCCCCCACAUCCAUUUCUUCCGCCAUUCUGUACAACAGUGAAGCCAGGCAAGCCAAUUCUCUCCGCUGACAGCACCCCGCACGACCGGUCAUCAAUUCAUCGCAUCAAAGCAUGACACUACUGAGCACCCGCUUCUCGGACGAAGUAUAAACCAUCGGCGCCACCAGCGAACACGAUCUCCCCAUUCAUCCCACCAUGCUAUAUCUGCUGCUCCUCCUAGCCACCGAGACCCUCAGUGCCGCCGUCCACCUCACCGGCUAUGAAUACAUCGUGGUGGGGUCUGGGGCUGGAGGUGGACCUCUGGCAGCCCGACUGGCCCUGGCCGGACACCAAACCCUCCUGCUCGAGGCGGGCGAUGACCAAGGGCUGAACCUGAAUUAUACGGUGCCAGGCUAUGGGGCGCGCGCAGCCGAAGACAAGCAGAUGGCGUGGAACUUUUUCGUGCGCCACUACGCCGACGACACUCGACAAGCCCUCGACCACAAGACCACCUACAUCACCCCGACUGGAGAUGAAUACGUCGGAGUGAACCCUCCCCCGGGAUCCAUCAUGAAGGGCAUCCUGUAUCCUCGCACCAAUGCGCUGGGGGGCUGCACUGCCCACAAUGCCCUCGUUGCCAUCUACCCACACCGUUCCGACUUUGAAUACUUGGCCAACCUGACUGGCGAUGACUCGUGGUCCCCCAACAACAUGCGCCAGUACUUUAUCAAGCUGGAGAACAACCGCCAUGUGCUCCCCGGCAUCCCUGGCCAUGGCUACGACGGCUGGCUGUCCAUCGAGACUGCGCCCAUCAACCUCGUCCUGCAAGACCCUCAAUUCCUCUCGCUCGUCCUCGGCGGCGCCUUUGCUCUGGGGAACCUAACCAACACCAUCAUCAACCUGGUCACUCUGCUGGCCGGGGAUGCCAACACCGACUCUGCCACCCGGGACUCCCAGCCGGCCUACUACCAAAUCCCCAUCUCGACCUCAUCCGGCCGCCGCAACGGAGCCCGCGAGUUUCUCCUGGCCGUCCACUCGGCCACCAACCCAGAUGGCACUCAAACCUAUCCCCUGACCAUCCGCACCAACUGCCACGCCACCCGCGUCCUCUUCGACACCACCUCCUCUCCUCCCAUCGCCACCGGCGUCUCCUUCCUCGACGGCGCCUACCUCUACCACGCCAGUCCUCUCUCCUCCCCCUCUCGCCGCGGCACCCCGGGCACCGCCACUGCCUCCCGCGAAGUCAUCAUCUCCGGCGGCGUCUACAACUCUCCGCAACUCCUCAAACUCAGCGGCAUCGGCCCGGCCGCCGAACUGACCACCCACCACAUCCCCGUCCUCGUCGACCUGCUGGGCGUCGGCACCAACCUCCAAGAUCACUACGAGAUCAGCGUAGUAGGCCAGACCCCGAAAAACCUCUCCGCCCUCGCCGGUUGCACCUUCAACGAGCUCUCCGACCCAUGUCUCACCCGUUGGGAGAACCCCACCCCCAUCACUCACGACCGCGGCAUCUACUCCUCCGUCGGCUUCGCAACAACCAUGUUCUACAAAAGCAACGUCACCUCGGACAACAACUACGACCUCUUCAUCUUCGACGCGCCCAUCAACUUCCGCGGCUACUUCCCGGGAUUCGGCGUCAACGUCACCGCCCAACACAAUUGGUUCACCUGGUCGAUGCUCAAAUCCCAUCCGCGAAAUCGCGCGGGGAGUGUCACCCUCCGCUCCAAUGACCCGCUUGAUGUUCCUGACAUUCUCUUCAACUAUUUUGAUACGGGAUCAGAGGGCUACGAAAAGGACCUGCAGGCCAUGUACGAGGCGGUGAAGGUAGCUCGGGAUGCAUUCGCUAGACAAGCCGUCCCUAUCGAUGAGGUUCUUCCUGGCGCUGCAGUGCAGACCAAAGAAGAGAUAGUGAAAUAUAUAAAAGACAUGACAUGGGGUCAUCAUGCGUCGUGCACGUGCCCGAUUGGAGCGGAUGAUGAUCCGAUGGCGGUUCUAGAUUCCAAGUUUAGGGUGAGAGGUGUGAGGAGGUUGAGGGUCGUGGACGGAUCAGUUUUUCCUAGAAUACCAGGGACGUUUCCGGCUGUGUCGACUUAUAUGAUUGGGGAGAAAGCAGCGGUGGAUAUUUUAAAUGAUAUACAGUAAUACAUGGUUAUAUUGUGAUGAUGUAGAUGGGGUAUAGAUCAUUUAUAUCAACUUUCUUAAGAAUCCUUCUUAUUCGAAGUGUACUAACCCCCCACCCCCAGCCCAAGGCGCUGCAAAGCACAUUCCUAAAAUCAUAUAAUCAAAGACAUCAUCAAUCCCGUAUAGCCAGAAAGUUAAGCUCCACUAAAGCGUUACCCCAGAAAACCCCGUUAAACAUUCAAAAACGUAGUACUUAAUCCCGACCUACGAUCUGAAUAUCCCAUCCUAGCCCUUCCUCCCUCUGGGAAACCAAAAGCCAUAAGUAAUAACAACAUAGACCAAACCCCGAUAUC